AUGCAGGGUGCAGAAGUCACCAAGGAAUCCGCGAAGAGUAUGGAGAUGCGGCCUCAGCCCGUUACGCGAAAGGCCACGUACGGUUACAGACCUCCCCCCAAAGUCCCUUGGACGACAUCCACCGCGAUCGGACUUAAAGCGUUCUGGAAAUGGUUUCUCACACCAGCCGGUUUCCUCAUCACUCUAUACUGCUUGAACGUGGUCGCAUGGGGCGGUAUGCUGUUCCUUCUCCUCUGCAACGCUGCCCCCGCCAUGUGCCAUCCAGACUGCAAUGACUUACAAUCGCCGCGAAGGAUUUGGAUAGAGAUAGACUUACAGAUUCUUAACGAGCUCUUCUGCGUUACUGGCUUCGGUCUUGCUCCUUGGAGAUUCCGCGAUCUGUACUGGUGGGGAUGGUGGCGGAUCGGUGGCCCAAAGCGCAAGCAGACCGGCAUAAGAAGACUGGCUGGGAUCCAUCGAGGAUGGCUUCGCCUCCCUGGCUCAGAUCAUCUACCUGAAGAUGCGUCUGCUUCGACUGUCAGCUCCGAAGAUCCGGCAGUACCGAUUCCGCACGCUAAGAUACCGGACCCUCCGCCUACCGGAAUCCACGCACCACCCACUAAAAGCUGGAAGAUGGACUUUGUCGUCUGGAUGAACGUAUACCACAGACCGUCAUGGGCGACCGGUCUUUUUGUCGCGUUGGCCAGCAUCGUAGCUGGGGUGGGAGGUAUUAUGAUGUUCCACGAUGUCAAGAAAGUCGAAGGAGUCCCCGUGUUAUACCAAGGCUUGUCGGAGUAUACCACAAUGCGCCCAACGGGUCGCUUGAAGCUGUAG